AACACACAAUAGUUCGGUUUCUUCUGCUGUGCAAAUUAGCUCCGGCGCGUGAUAAUUGACAACGAUUUGUGGAUUGCAGGAGAAAGGCAGCGUGUUUUUGACUGUUGUGUCUGGUUCUGUUUUGAACCUUCAUGUAGAAGAUGAAAACACAGAUAAUCUUGACGAUUUGCCUCUGCCUCGCUGCCUUAGCGGUGGCAGCAAAAGGCCAAAGAGGAUUGAGAAAUGCUGCAGCAAAACAAGGAAAAAUGGCAUGCUUCAAAUCCUUCUUCAACUGCACAAAAGCAGCAACAACAAAGGAAGCUAAGAAGGAAUGUAGGGAGAAACUUCAUGUCUGCAAGGAGCGAGUCAAGGAAUUGCUCACAAAGAUUAUACAGACCAAGCCAAAGCCUGCUGGUGGAAACAGAAAGCCUGGUCAAAAGGGGCGUAAUCGUGGACCAAAGCAACACUUCUGUAACUGCUUCAGAAGAUUUGUUAAUUGUAUAAGAAAACAUCAUAACAAGACCAGACCAGCUUCAGAUGGACAGAAGGUCAAUAUUCACGAAGAAGUAUUUUUGCAUGCAGAGGGUGCUGUAGAUGGGAAACUGGCUUCCUCUAAAUCAGAGAUGGAUUACAAGAUGAAGUGUGGUAAACAGUUUAAAUGCUGCUGGACCAGAGAGAAGUGUGGAGACAAGAAGGGUCAUGGUGGAAAGCCAAAAAGAAAAGGUCAUGGCAAAAAGGGAAAACGUAUGGGCAGAGGCAAGGGUAGACAAGGAAAGAUGACAAAGCCUUUCCCAAGACCACCAAAUGCCUUUAUACAAUGCAUGGUCGCAGCCAAGAAAUGUAAAGUUGAAGCUGGAAGAAACAAGAAGAAACUGAAGGCGUGUGCGAAAAACUUUGUGAAGUGUGUUCUUUCACAAUGUGCCAAGAAAGGUUGAGAUAUCACCAGAUACCAGUGACUUCAUGUUUAAAAAUAUUGCAUUUUCUACCUGUAUCUUUUGGUUUUUAUAAAUUUUAACUUGAGACUUUUUUAUACUACAACAUUUUUACUGUAGAUACUGGCUACAUGUAACUGCUGAAUUAACACAUCUGCUUGUUACAUUUAUUGACUCAAAAAGAUUUAUUAUUGUAUGAAUCCAAACUUGUUAGUAUCCAAAAGUUUGUAGGUCAAUUCCUCCAUCAUAUUGAAAUCUCAAAGGAAACAUAAUUCCAGUUUCCUAUUUGAGUACUUAGCUUUUUGAAAUUCUGCUAGCUUGAGUACUCAGCUUUUUAAAAUUCUGCUAGCUUAACUGUUUGCUACAAAAACAUUGUUUCAGGGUUCCCUUUAAAGCUCAAAAAGUUAAGUUAAACCAACAAACAGGCCACUGACAAACACCUGAUAAACACACCACUUUUUAUGCUCAUUUCAGCCCAAUGUUAAUGGCUCUAUUAUCUUCGUAAAUUUCUACCAAGUAUUGUUUUUACAUGCUGUGUUAUAAAAUAGAGUUUUGUAUUUUUGUAUGCUUCAAUUUUUGAAUGUACAAUAAUUGUC